GGGAGAGAAAGAAAGAGAGAGGGUGGACAGGGGGAGCGGGUGUAUCGGGGUGAAAGGCCGGGACAGUUCGGUGAGAGCGGAUCGUGUCCCCGGCGGCUCGUAGACGAGGACCCCCCCCCGGCCCGGGCAGCAAAGAUCUGGUACUAGUGUUGGACCGUGUGGUGCCGGAGCUAUGAAGCAGACGGCAAGGGCGAGGAGUUGGAUGGCCCUCCACAUCUGCCACAUCUGCCACAUCUGGAUAUCACUUCUCCUGCUCGCUGCCCCGUCCACACAAACAUGGAGGCAGAGUCUACCCCGCCUCAAGCUGUCCCACAAAGACCUGCUGACCUCCAACAGUUGCAUCUCCUUCCUGGGGUCUGCAGAGGGCUUUGACUUCCAGACCCUUCUCAUCGAAGAGGAGCGAGGCAAGCUGCUGCUGGGAGCCAAGGACCACAUCUUCCUGCUCAACCUGGACGACCUGAACAAAAACAUCAGGAAGAUUCACUGGCCCGGAAGCAAGGAGACAGUGGACAUGUGCAGACUAACAGGGAAACAUCCCUUCCGAGACUGUGCAAACUUCAUCCGUGUUCUCCACAUCUACAACGACACCCAUGUCUACGCUUGUGGGACGGGUGCCUUUCACCCUGUGUGUGCCUUUAUCCGGAUGGGUCCUCAGGCAGAGGAGCCGGUGUUUCAGCUGGAAGUCAACAGUCUGGAAUCUGGGCGAUUGAAGUGUCCCUUCGACCCGCUCCAGCCGUUUGCUUCAGUGCUCACAGGUGAACACCUGUACGCAGGUACCGUGUCGGACUUCCACGGCAGGGACACCGUGUUCACCCGCUCCCUGGGGCCAUCGACCCACCAGAACUACAUCCGAACCGACCUGUCAGAACAUUACUGGCUCAACGAAGCCAAGUUCAUCGCAGCCGCCCCCAUUGCCGACACGUUCAACCCUGACGAUGACAAGAUAUACUUUUUCUUCCGGGAGGCGACGGAGGACAGUCAUACGUCGGACAGGACCAUCGUCUCCCGGGUUGCACGGGUGUGCAAGAACGACGCUGGGGGUCAGCGUAGCCUCAUCAACAAGUGGACCACCUUCCUGAAAGCUCGACUGGUCUGUUCAAUCCCAGGCCACGAUGGAGUGGACACCUACUUCGAUGAAUUACAGGAUGUGUUCCUGCUGCAAACUCGGGAUCCAAGGAAUCCUAUUGUUUACGGAGUCUUCACUACCACAAGCUCGAUCUUUAAAGGUUCCGCAGUCUGUUCCUACAGCAUGGCUGAUAUCCGCGCUGUCUUCAACGGGCCCUAUGCUCACAAGGAAGGCCCAGACCACAGGUGGGUGGAGUACAAUGGGAAGACACCUUACCCGCGGCCAGGGACUUGUCCCAGUAAAACAUAUGACCCGCUGAUAAAGUCCACCAAGGACUUCCCGGAUGAGGUGGUCAGCUUUGCUCGCUACCACCCGCUGAUGUACAAGGCCGUUCACCCGCUGAGCAACAAGCCGGUCUUCACCAGGAUCAACGUGGACUACCGGCUCAGCCAGGUGGUGGUGGACCAGGUGACAGCAGAAGACGGGCAGUACCAGGUCAUGUUCAUCGGCACAGAUGUCGGGACAGUUUUGAAAGUGGUGAGCGUGACGAAGGAGAACUGGGAGACAGAGGAGGUGGUUCUGGAGGAACUGCAGGUGUUUAAGGGACACUCCCCGAUAUUGAACAUGGAACUUUCUUCAAAGCAGCAGCAGCUGUACGUUGGUUCACGGGACGGCCUGGCCCAGCUCUCCCUGCACAGGUGUGAUACCUAUGGACAGGUGUGUGCCGAGUGUUGCCUGGCCAGGGACCCCUACUGUGCGUGGGAUGGCACCGCCUGUUCCCGCUACCUGCCAGCCUCCAAGCGGCGGUCCAGGCGUCAGGAUGUGAAGCAUGGGGACCCCGUCACUCAGUGCUGGGACCUGGAGGACAGUAUGAACAAGGAGAGUGAGGAAAAGCUUCUCUUCGGCAUUGAGUCUAACUCCACCUUUCUGGAAUGCAUCCCCAAGUCCCAGCAGGCCUCCAUCCGCUGGUUCGUUCAGCGCUCCGUGGAUGACAUUCGGGAAGAGGUGCGGGGCGAUGAGCGGCUAAUCCGUACGGACCAGGGGCUGCUGAUCCGGAGCGUGGAGCGGCAAGAUGCGGGGGUGUACUUGUGCCGGGCCGAGGAACAGUCCUUCAGCCACACUAUCGGCCGGCUGCGGCUCAAGGUGAUCGACAACGAGCAGAUAGACAGCGGGCAGAGGGAGGAGAGUCGUGCCCGGGACUUUGGCCACGAGUCACGGAUACGCUACAAGGAUUACGUCCAGCUGCUGACCAGCGGCAGUUUCACCGUCGACGAUUACUGCGAACAGUUGUGGCACCGGGAGAAACGGCGGCAACGAAACCGCGGGCCCGGCAAAUGGAAGCACGUACAGGAGGCGAAGAAAAGCCGUAACCGCAGGCACCACCGCUAGACUGGAGACCCCCCCCCCCCCCCCCAGGCUGGA